UAUUCUCAUGUACAAUCUAAUCGCUUAGCACAAUGAUAAAAUUUUGUAUUUUAAUAUUUUUAUUUUUCCAAAGUACCCAUACUGUGGACAUGGAUUUUGAUGCAAUAAUGAUUUCUGAUGUUAUUCAUUCAAUUGAAAGACCAUCAGCCUUAAUCGCUACGCUUUGCUGGCCAGUCUAUAAAAAAUUUCAUUUUUUUUCAAUGCUGGGAGGUAACAAUACUGAUCAAUUGAAUAUGAUACAAUUUGCAGAAUUUAAUAAUAUCAGUAAUUAUAAUGCGCAACCUCAGCAUAUUACAUUUUUAGUGGACCUUAAUUGUCCAUAUAUUUCUGAAUUUAUCGAAAAGAACAUAGAAUUACAACAUUUUAGAUCACCUUUCCGAUGGUUCCUUUUGUACAAUUCGAAUAAUGAAAAUGAAAUUCCUGAUGUUAUUGAUUCCUUUAAUAUUUUACCUGAUAGUGAAGUAAUGGUUAUUCGUAAAACGGAUAAUGAAACCUAUAAUUUAUAUUUAGUUUACAAAAUAAACAAUGGAGGGAUGUGGCGUUCAGAAUUAUUUGGUACUUGGAAUAAGGAUAACAAAUUAAUAAAAACAAAUGAUAUGGUUGAAGUAACUGCUUUAAGAAGAUCUAAUUUGGAUGACUUUCAAAUUAGCAUUUGUUAUGUCGUUACCGAGAAUGACAGUGUUAAUCACUUAACUGAUGAAGUGAAUGAUCAUAUAGAUACAAUAACCAAGGUGAAUUUCCCAACUACAAACCAUUUAUUGGAUUUCCUCAAUGCGAGUAGAAAAUAUAUAUACGUAAACACUUGGGGUUAUCUCGAGAAUGGUACGUGGAACGGUAUGACCGGUUAUUUGGUCCGAGAAGAAGUGGAAAUUGGAGGAUCACCCAUGUUUUUAACAUCGGAACGUAUACCGGUCGUGGAAUAUAUAUCAAGUCCAACUCCAACAAGAUCCAAGUUUGUUUUCCAGCAACCGAAACUUUCCUAUGAAAGCAACUUGUUCCUACUCUCAUUUCGCAAUACCGUCUGGUAUAGCAGUAUCGCUCUACUUUUGUUAUUACUUCUAGCACUUUUCUCUGUUGCAAUUUGGGAAUGGAAACAAACUAAGCAUGAUAUUAAUACGAGAGAAACUGAUUCCGGAAUCCUAAGGCCGAAUUUCGCAGAUAUAGUUGUAUUAAUACUUGGUGUUACAUGCCAGCAAGGAAGUCCAGUUGAAUUAAAAGGCUCUCUGGGUCGUAUUGUUUUGCUGAUCCUGUUUCUGUCAGUGAUGUUUUUAUAUACGUCGUACUCUGCAAACAUUGUCGCACUUUUACAAUCCAGUUCCUCUAAAAUUAAUACCCUAGAUGACCUUCUGCAUUCUAGGCUCAAGUUUGGCGUUCAUGACAACGUUUUCAACAGACAUUAUUUCUCGACAGCAACUGAACCAGUUCGAAAAGCAAUUUAUGAGAAAAAAGUCGCUCCACCUGGUACUAUACCUAGGUUUAUGAGCAUGGAAGAAGGUGUCAAGAAUAUACGAAAGGGAUUAUUCGCAUUCCAUAUGGAAACUGGUGUCGGAUACAAAUUUGUUGGAAAAUAUUUCCAUGAAAGUGAAAAAUGUGGUCUUAAAGAAAUACAAUAUCUACAAGUAAUAGACCCAUGGCUAGCAGUUAGAAAAAAUACUCCAUAUAAAGAAAUGUUCAAGAUAGGAACGAAACGCAUCCAAGAGCAUGGAUUACAAAGUAGAGAGAACCGUUUGUUGUACGAAAAACGACCUAAAUGUUCCGGUAGUGAAUCUAGUUUCGUUUCAGUUAGCAUGGUCGACUGUUAUCCAGCACUGCUAAUUCUAUCAUAUGGCACUAUAAUAUCAAUAGGUCUGAUGAUUCUUGAGAAUGUUGUGCAUGGGCGCCAGACUAUAGUUAAAAGGAUACAGAGAACUUACAAAGGGGGUAAUUAUAGGAUAUAUAAUUCGUUAUAUAUUAGUCUAUUUAAUGUUAUUAAAAUGAAAAAUAUGGUAUUGUUAUUGUUCUUCUUUAUAAGCAGCCUUUCAGGUUCUACAGUUGAAAUUAAAAUGCUCAGCGAGCUGUUAAAUUCAUUUGAAAGACCAUUGUCUCUAUUUACCAAAGUUUGUUGGAAUCCGUCAAUGAAACUUCACUACAUGUCAACUUUGGGGAAUUUAGAAGAAAAACCAAAAGUUAAUCGAUUUAUAGAUGCUAAUACCAUAAAUAAGCAUAACGAUUAUUUAAAUCGGCAUUUUAUUAUAUUUAUAGUAGAUAUAAACUGUCCUAGGAUUGAAUAUUUUUUCAAAAAAGCAAAUAUCGCUAAAAAGUUUGGUUUACCGUAUAAAUGGGUGAUAAUAGGAAAAUCACUAAAUAAAGAUGGUACAGUGCCGCGUGAAAUGUAUGAACUCGAUAUAUUGCCUGAUUCAGAAGUUAUUAUCGCACAAAAUAACGGCAGUGAUUCUUUUAAACUAAGUAUGAUUUACAGGAUAAGACCACAAUCCGAAUGGAUCAUAGAAAACUACGGAGAAUGGACAUCGUUAUCUGGGCUAAAGAAAGUUAAGUUGACAGAACAGUCUAUUUCAAUUAGAAGGAAAAAUUUCCAUAGAACUCCCAUAAAGAUUACUUUGGUUAUCUUUAACAACAAAACUAAAGAAGACCUUUUCGACCUUAGCGAUUUUUUUACGGACACUGCGACAAAAGCUAAUUAUCGUCAAGUUUAUCCACUCUUUACUUAUUUGAAUGCAUCUAUAGAAUUUAUCUAUACUGAUAAUUGGGGAUAUUAUAGAAAUGGAUCAUUUAACGGUAUGAUUGGUGAAUUAACGAAUGAGAGAGCUGAACUUGCAGGUACAGUGCUAAUAAUAACACUUCAACGUAUAAAAGUUGUGGAUUUCUUAAUAUCUCCUUCACCCAUCUCACUCAAGUUCGUGUUCCGAGAACCACCGUUGUCAUACCAGAAUAAUUUGUUUCUUCUGCCUUUCAAAUCUACCGUAUGGUAUUGCAUUGGAGCAUUUGUUAUAAUAUUGAUAUUCAUUAUUUAUAUCAACGCAUUAUGGGAAAAAAAGAAGAUGGUGGAUAAUGAGUCGAAGAAAAUUGAACAUGUUUAUUUAAGACCAAACGUCAGCGAUGUUACAAUGUUAGUAGUGACAGCCAUAGCACAACAAGGAAGUUCUUUAGAACUAAAAGGUGGCCUUGGUCGACUUGUGACAUUUCUGCUAUUCCUCGUCUUCUUAUUACUUUACUCAUCAUACUCGGCCAGUAUUGUAGCAUUACUGCAAUCCAGAUCGAACCAGAUUCGUACUUUGGCUGAUCUCCUUAAUUCUAAAUUGGAAUUAGGAGUGGAGAAUACACCUUAUAAUAAGCAUUAUUUUUCUGCUGCUACAGAACCAAUAAGAAAAGCAAUCUAUCAAAAGAAAAUAGCUCCACCUGGAGCAAAGCCAAAAUUCAUGGAUUUGGAAGAAGGAGUUAAGAAGUUACAGAAAGAACCAUUUGCUUUUCACAUGGCCACAGAAUUUGGAUAUCAUGUAGUACAUAGAUAUUUCUAUGAACAUGAAAAAUGUGGGCUUCAAGAAAUUCAAUAUUUGGAUAACACAAAAACUUACUUGACGUGUCAGCGAAAUACACCAUACAAAGAAUUUUUUAAAGUCGGACUGUUAAGGAUCAAGGAAACUGGUAUAGGUGAUCGGGAAAACCGCUACUUUUUUUCCAGAAGACCAGUUUGCUUAGCCCGUGGGGGAAGUUUUCAAUCCGUCAACAUGAUCGAUUUCUAUCCAGUCAUGUUACUUCUAAUAUAUGGGAUGAUUUUAUCAUUUGCAAUAAUGAUUAUAGAAAUAUUAUUACAUCGCAGACAAAUGUUAAAAAACAAUGUAUUUUGAAGGAUAUACUAAAUAUUAAACCAAUAAUAGUUAAUAUAAAUGAAUAGAAAACUAUCAUGUUACUUUUAUUUACACAGAUUUUUUUGUAAUUAUCCAAUUUGAUGUGAAAAUAAACGUCUUUACUUUGUAUAUGAGUACGCAUAAGUAGAUGUUAAGUUCUAAAUACAGUUCUUGUUACAUUUUUUUUAAAUAUGUAUAAAAUUAAUAAGUAUUAAAAGUACAACGUAUUCUUUAGCACAAAUAAACAACAAGCACAGUUUAUCUUUUUCUCAUUUAACUAUUAUACUUAAAGCCACAUACAAUAUCUGAUCUGCAAAGAAUAAAAUUAUUAUCUUCCGAACUACAAGAACUGUACCUUGAUAUACUUAUUACAAACUCAAAGUCAAUGAACAACCUGGAAAUGCCACUAAUGAAAGAGAAAGUUCAGAAUGUGAUAUCCAGACAACGGCAGAAACAGAAGAGUUAAUGAAGUCACAGAACUGUUCACGUUAGUUACAUAGUUUAGGCUCAAGUUCCCUACAAGUUUUAUAAUGUCAUACUCAUAUAUGUUUUGUCAUAUAAAAAAAUAUUAUCUUUUCUUA